UGAAAUUAAGAUACUUUCAGGAGGUUUUGUUGUCAUCGCAGAACAUGAGAUAAAUGAAUCGAGUGUUGAUGUCAUGUCAGAUGUGGAGACCGCAGCCAGAGAGUUUCUGCAGAUCUUUGACAAGGAGGCCACUGCCCGGAUGUACAAUUACUCGCUGGCAUCAUGGGCUUACAACACCGACAUUACACAGGAGAACUCAGACAAACUGUCAAAAGAGGGGCAAAUUUGGAGCACCUUCUACACCCAGAUGUCAGAACAAUCCCAGAAAUAUCCCAUCGACCAGAUUAAGGACCCAAUAAUCAAAUUACAGCUUAUUUCUCUACAAGACAAAGGCUCUGGUGCUCUUUCCCCAGAUAAAGCUUCACAUCUGAGUAAAGUCAUGAGUGAGAUGAGUACGAUCUACAGCACAGCAACAGUGUGUCUGCUCGACGACCCCCUGAACUGCCAGACUUUGGAGCCAGGCCUGGAACAUAUAAUGGCAAACAGUCAAAACUAUGCUGAGCGUCUUCAUGUGUGGGAGGGCUGGAGGAAAGAAGUGGGGAAGAGGAUGAGGCCUCUGUAUGAAGACUAUGUGGACCUGAAAAAUGAAGCAGCCAAACUAAAUGGUUUUGAAGACUAUGGAGCUUACUGGAGAUAUAACUAUGAGACUAUUGAAGAAGACAGUCAGUUCAAGUACGACAGAGAUCAGCUGAUGGCAGAUGUCCGCUCAGUAUAUCAACAGAUCCUGCCUUUGUACAAGGAGCUUCAUGCCUAUGUGAGAGCCAAGCUUAUGGAGGUCUACCCAGGACACAUCGACUCAGAGGGCCUUCUGCCAGCCCACCUGCUGGGUGACAUGUGGGGAAGGUUCUGGACCAACUUGUACCCCUUAACAGUGCCAUACCCUGAAAAACCUGAUAUUGAUGUCAGCAAAACCAUGGUGGAGAUGGAUUGGGAUGAGACUCGGCUUUUUAAAGAAGCAGAGAAUUUCUUCACAUCUGUGGGCCUGGAGGAGAUGUUUCCAAACUUCUGGACCAACUCUAUGCUGGUGCAGCCCAACGAUGGACGCAAGGUGGUCUGUCACCCCACAGCCUGGGACAUGGGAAACAGAGAGGACUUCAGGAUUAAAAUGUGCACCAAGGUCAACAUGGAUGACUUCCUUACAGCGCACCACGAGAUGGGCCAUAAUAAGUACCAGAUGGCUUAUCGUAAUCACUCCUACCUUCUGAGGGAUGGAGCCAAUGAGGGUUUCCAUGAGGCUGUUGGAGAAAUCAUGUCCCUCUCAGCUGCAACACCAAAACACCUUCAGAGCCUGGGGCUCCUGCCCCCUGACUUUGUUUAUGACAAAGAAACUAAUAUCAACUUCCUGCUGAAACAGGCACUCACCAUCGUGGCUACGCUGCCGUUCACCUACAUGUUGGAGGAGUGGAGGUGGCAGGUGUUUGCAGAGAACAUCUCUAAAGAUGAAUGGAUGAAACGCUGGUGGGAGAUGAAGAGAGAGCUGGUAGGAGUUGUGGAGCCGGUACCAAGAGAUGAAACUUACUGUGACCCACCUGCUUUGUUCCAUGUAUCUGGAGACUAUUCUUUCAUCAGGUACUUCACGAGAACCAUCUUCCAGUUUCAGUUCCAAAAAGCCCUCUGUAACGCAACUAAUCAUGAAGGCCCCUUGCCUACAUGUGACAUUACUGGCUCUUUAGAAGCAGGAACCAAACUGAGGAAUAUGUUGGAGCUGGGAAGGUCCCAGUCCUGGACAAGGGCUUUGCAAACAAUAUCUGGAGACAUUAACAUGGAUGCUCGUCCCCUUUUAGAUUAUUUUCAAACACUUUAUGACUGGCUGAAGGAGGAAAACGCCAAACACAACAGGGUUGUUGGCUGGAAGACAACAACAGAUCCAUAUUCAGAGUACGCCAUUCAAGUGAGACUAAGUUUGAAGGCUGCCAUGGGCGAUGAUGCUUAUUCCUGGAAUGACAAUGAGCUGUACCUGUUCAAGGCCAGCAUUGCUUAUGCUUUGAGGCAGUACUACAGCCAACAGAAUCAGACUCUUCACUUCACAUCAGAGAAUGUCCUCACCUAUAAGAUUACUCCCAGGAUCUCUUUCUACAUCGUGGUCACCAACCCUGAAACUCCUUCUAUUUAUAUUCCCAAGAGUGUUGUGGAGGAAGCCAUCAGAUUAUACCGAGGUCGAAUCAAUGAUGCCUUCCAAUUGGAUGACAAAACACUGGAGUUCGUGGGUAUCCCACCAACACUGACCCCACCCAAGGAACAGCCAGUGGAGGUUUGGCUGGUGGUGUUUGGCGUGGUUAUGGGCAUCGUGGUGCUAACGGGCAUCUACCUCGUCAUCUCUGGUAUCAUGGAGCGCAAGAAGAAACCUGCAAAGGCAGUUGUGGAAAAUCCUUAUAGUUCAGACGCUGGUGGACAGAGCAACAAUGCCUACGAGGACAGUGACAAUGAACAAACUGGAUUCUAAGUCUCUGAAGGACAAAGACAACGUUGAUGCUUCUGCAUAAAAGUGUAAUGUGAAUAUGUGUGAAAGUUUUAGUUUGUUUUAAUGAAAUAUUUAAUCAUUUUGCCCCUCAUUAGCAAAAACAAGGUAUGCUUCCUUGCUGUAUACUAAUGCACUUAAACUGUAUAGUACAUUUAUUUUCUUAGUGUUUUUACAUGUAAUGGCUGUGGCAAAAAUUUUAAAUGUUG